AUGCAAUUUUUGUUUUUGGCUUCAAUACUCGCUAUAUCCAAUGCUGAGUACUAUGUCGAAAAUUUGACAGACAAUUAUAAAGGUGAAGUUAUGACAUUCACAAAAUAUGAAUUUGGAUUCUGUUACCUUUUUACUGCGAACAAAGGUACUUCUUAUAAGUACACCAAAGAAGGUGACAACGCCAAGUAUUACACUUAUUCGGAUUCACAAUGUCAAACUGGUGAAACGCUUAGCAAAACAAUUACAAUUGGUGGAACAUCUGCAACUUCUUUCUUUGCUCCAUCACAUUUGUUCUUCAUUAAUGCAUUCGAUGAGAAAAAUUGCCCAAAUGCUGACCGACUCUAUAGAACAUAUUAUACUUCCAAAAUUGACAAAACCAAUUCACUUAUAACUAUUUUCAGUAAAGGAGAUUAUUGGAGGUAUGAAGUCAGACCACUUGAUGGCAAAGAUUGGGUUUAUUCAGUCUAUUGCUCAGACGAAAAUUGCAAAAAUGUUGUUAAUGCAGACAAGACUUAUCAAUGUAACACUUGUUAUGGUACAACUAAUAUUUUGGUUCAAUGUGGUGCAUCUUCUUUAUACAUCAUAUCUUUCCUUCUUACUUUCAUAUUCUUCCUCUAA